AGUGGCUUCAACAUCGUCAGUGCGUGGCCACGUUUUGGGGCAAAUUGAUAGAGGGAGAGAGAGAGAGAGAGAGAGAGAGAGAGAGAGAGAGAGACAGUGAUCGAUCGUAUUAUUGUGUUAGAAGGAGACAGCACUGAGCCGGUACUAAGUGACCUUGACAGUGAAGCGGCGCUUCGCUUCAAAACAUACCAGCCCCACCCAACAACAAGUGCUUGAAACAAUGUUUCUGCUGCUUCUCGUGGCGCUGAUCGUGAUCGCCGGAUCAUGGGUUCUGGUGACGGUCUUGCGCAAUCGAAACACCGUAGCCCGAUUGCAGAAGCUGUUUCCAAGGUUUGGGUGUGUUCCGGCGAUUCCUAUUCUUGGAUCGGCGCACCUUUUCAAAGACCCAACUCCGGCUGGUAUCUUCAAAACAUUCGUCGGAUUCCAUCGAGUUUACGGGCGCAACCUGAUCACGCAGGGCCUGUUCAAUAACCCAUCGUUCCAGAUUUGUGAGCCUGCAGUCAUCGAGCAGGUGAUGCAGGCGAAGACGAUCGAAAAGACAAUUAUUUAUGACUUCAUGAUGCCCUGGUUAGGAUCGGGAUUGGUUGUGUCAACCGGUGCAAAGUGGGCACAACGCCGUAAGGUCAUUACGCCGACCUUUCACUUCAAGAUUCUGGAGGACUUUCUCGUCAUCAUGAAUCACCAGACGGACGUGCUGAUCGAGAAGCUGGGGGCGCAGGUUGGUGGACCAGAUUUCGAUAUUUACGAGCAUGUCACAUACUGCGCAUUGGACAUCAUCUCCGAGUCAGCGAUGGGUGUGAAGCUGAACACGCAGCAUAAUCCUCACGCGGAAUAUGUCGAAGCAGUUAAAGAAAUUUCAGACAUCAUCUUCAAGCGCCUGUUCUCUCUUGCGCGAGAGUACAAGUGGGUGUUCCGUUUCCAGAAGGCAUCACGGCGGCAAGAUGAAUUAGUGAAGGUCGUGCACGACUUUGCACACCGCGUGAUCAGCGAGCGCAAGAAACAGCUGGAAGAUGAACGCGAGCGUCAACGGGCAAACCAGAAGCUCGAGGAAACGGACGUCUAUGGGAAAAGACGGAUGACGCUACUCGAUCUGCUGCUAAACGUGACCAUCGAUGGCAAAGCGCUCUCUGACACCGACAUUCGUGAGGAAGUGGAUACAUUCAUGUUUGCCGGACACGAUACAACGACCUCGUGUAUCAGCUUUGCUUGCUACCAUCUCUCUCGUAACCCAGCAGUCCAGCAGAAGGUUUAUGAAGAAAUUCAAGAAAUCAUUGGUCCUGAUGCGGGCCGGAUCGAGCUGACCAACAGUACGCUCCAAGACUUACGGUAUCUGGAUCAGGUGAUUAAGGAAACGUUGCGCAUGAACCCUUCGGUACCGAUCAUCGGACGCCGAUCGGCCGGCGAUAUGACCAUCGAUGGUGUCCCGGUUCCCAAAGGAAUGGAGUUUGGUGUUCUCAUUUAUGCGCUCCACAAUGAUCCGGAACUGUAUCCAGAGCCAGAGCGCUUCGAUCCGGAGCGAUUCAGCGAUGAGGCACAGGCUGCAAGGCCACCGUACAGCUACAUCCCGUUCAGUGUUGGUGCGCGCAACUGUAUCGGUCAGCGGUACGCUAUGCUGGAGAUUAAAACCAUGCUGGUGAAGGUGCUGGCCAAUUAUAAGCUGCUACCGUGCGAGGACAACAACCAACUUCUUAUCAAAACGGAUAUGACGCUGAAGCCGAUUAAUGGGGCGUUCGUGAAGAUAGUAAACCGUCACUUGUUCGGGCUAGCUGUCCUGCUAUUCGUCUCCCUGAGGGUGUUCAGGAAUCGUGCCCGAGUGGCCAGACUCCUGAAACGGUUGCCUGCAUUCAAGCCACUGCCUGCGAUACCGCUGCUCGGGAGUGCCCUUCUGUUCAAGGAUACCUCUCCGGAUGGUGUACUGCGUACACUGGUGGACUGCCAGCGUCGGUACGGCAAGAAUCUGUUGUUGCAGGAGCUGUGCAAUGACUUCAAGCUGCUGGUCAGUGAGCCCCGUGUCGUAGAACAGAUAAUCCAAGCGAAAACCAUCCAGAAGGCACCGUUCUACGCAUUCCUGAAGCCAUGGCUGGGCAUGAGCACCGUGGUGUCGAGUGGCCAGCAGUGGAGCAACCGGCGGAAGGUGAUCAAUCCGGCGUUCCACUACAAAAUGCUAGAAGACUUCCUGGACGUCAUGGUGGCGCAGACGGAUGUGUUGAUCGCAAAGCUGGCAACCCACGUCGGUGGCGAAGAUUUCGACGUCUAUCUGCCGCUGCGAUACUGCACGAUGGACAUUAUCAGUGAGACGGCGAUGGGCGUCCAGCUACACUGCCAAUCGAAUCCAACCGGCCAGUUUAUUGCCGCUACGGAGGAGAUAAUCGACCUGGUACACAAACGAGUGUUCGAUCCGGUACGCGGCCACACGUGGGUCUAUCCGUUUACUCACGCAGGGCGUCGAACGAAACAUACGGCGGAGGUGCUGCAUAACUUCACCAACUCCGUCAUACGUGAACGACGCCAGUAUCUUCUCGAUCUAGCAAGCAAGCAUGGUGGUGAAGGAACGGAGAAACCAGUACACAAAAUGACCUUCCUGGACCUGCUGCUUGAAACGCGAAUCGACGGGAAGCCCCUACCGGAGGAUGAUAUCCGUGGCGAGGUGAACACGUUCAUGUUUGCUGGCCACGAAACGACCACUUCCUGCCUUAGCUUUGUGCUCUACUACCUGUCCCGGUAUCCCGAGGUUCAGCAAAAGGUUUACGAUGAAAUUAAAACGAUCUACGGUACCGAGGUGGGCGAUCUGCGGAAUGCCCGGUUAACUUAUGCCUCCUCCCAGGAGCUCCGGUACCUGGAGAUGGUUAUCAAGGAAACCCUUCGCCUGAACCCUUCGGCACCGAUGAUUGGCCGGAGCUCGUGUGGCGAUAUGGUUAUCGAUGGUGUCACACUACCGGCCGGUACGGAGGUGUUGAUUCAAAUCUACCAAAUGCAAACCGAUCCGGACAGUUUCCCCGAACCGGACAGGUUCAUCCCGGAGCGUUUCGCCGAAAGCGCAAGUGGCGAAGAUUCCGGAUAUGGGCGCAUUAUUCCGUACAGCUUCAUACCGUUUAGUGCUGGUAGCCGGUCCUGCAUUGGCCAGCGGUAUGCGAUGCUGGAAAUGAAAACGGUUUUGGUGAAACUGCUAACCAACUACCGCGUGGUGGCCAGCUCGGCAAACCAGGACAUACGCGUAAAAGCCGACCUAACGCUGAAACCAUACGGUGGGGCUUUCAUUAAAUUAGUUGAAAGAUUCAAUUAA